AUGUUCUCUAUACAGAACACGCUGACGUCAUCCGAGGAUGCAGCCUUGAAGGACAACACUGUGGGGACGAUUUGUUUGUUCCAGAGAGGACAUGCGGAGAUCGAGUCCUGUAAGGAACUCAUUAAGGAGUUGGAGAGGUCGUCUAGAUCUACCAAUAUCAAACAUGAAUAUGAUCCGGACAUACUCUCCGUCGGCAACAGCACCAGCCUUACGAUGGGGAAAUUAGUCGUCGAUCAGCAACCAAGGAGACUGCCAUCUACUGUGUAUAGUAACAUAGUACCAUUGUCGGAACGUCAGUUAAAGAUGACUGGAAAGUUCACUAUUAAAGCUCCUUCAGACAAAAAAGACUGUAGUGCGUUUGGAGUUGUCUUCCUACCUGGUGGUCGUAUUGUUGUCGGAGACGAUUCAAAUAGAGAGAUGAAACUAUUUACAGAAAAGGGUGAUUUUAAAUUUGAGCUGAAACUUACGGAUGCAUCCUGUGAUCUUUGCAGCAUUGAUAACAACACUGUGGCAGUGACGCUGGACGAGGUCAAAAUAAUAUGUAUUGUCAAUGUCGGGGAUUCAACCUUGACCGUUUCAUCGAAAAUCAAGAUUCCAAAGCUUGAUGAAGACUGUUUUGGUGUCACAUACCACAACGACUAUUUCACUGUCGGUACAAACAAAUCACUUUAUAGUGUACCAGAAAGCGGAGGUGAACCUAAAAAACUUCUCACAAUAAGAUCAAAUUGUUUACACCUCGCAAGCAAUCAGAAGAAUGGACACGUCUUUGCUAGCAUCAAUACCACUAACCCAAACGAGAUGACCGUGAUCCGACUGUCGAACGACACCAGCACAGACAUACUGAAGGUCGGGGUCGUGAAAGGUACAACAGGAAUAGACGUGGACAGGCAGGGCAAUUUGUAUGUUUGUGGAUAUAGUUCAAACAACGUCUUACAGAUGUCUGGGGAUGGAAGAAACAUCAGGGAACUGCUGACGUCAUCAGAUGGAAUCGAACAUCCGAGAGCAAUUUCUGUGUGGGAGGAUAGGAUGGUGAUCACAAACGAAUCAGAAGACCAAAUUAAUUUUGUACACUUGUUCCAGCUCGUCUGA